GAUCGGCUUUAUGUAUGAGGAGCAUUUGAUGGUUGUGGACCUGUGCUCAAUGGAGUUCAGAGGGACAGUGGGGUUUGUGGAGGGAUGUAUGGUUAAGUAAACCUACCGAAUGCUGGAAAGCCUGGAUACAGUGGACAUGGAGAGGAUGUUUCCAUUAGACGGAGAGUCUGUGAUCUGACAGCACAGGCUCAGAAUAAAGACGCUUCCCUUUAAAAUUGAGUUAGACCUGCGGUGAGAGAUUUAUUGGUAUAAAAAACCCAACUGGAAGCAAACCACGACUGAAGAUGAGGGAACAUCAACAAGUGAACCAGCCCGAGGAUUGAGAGCAUCAACUGAAGAGAAUCCAUCUGACUCGGAGAUUCCAGUGAUUCAGUCAGGAGAAAGUUUGGUUAAAAAUGAGAAGGAAUUUGUCUCCCAGAAGCUCAAACAUGGCACACCAGUUUUGCUGUCUCUGUCUAGAUAUUUAAGAGGUGAAGCAAGGGAUUCAAUCAACCUUCCUAUCUGAUCAGACUACGGGGCAGGAUUCACUCAGUCAUUUGACCAACUGGCACCUCCAUUAUUUUACACAGGGGAGAGCCCAUUCUUCUGCUCAGGCUGUGGGAAUGGAUUCAGUCAGUCAUCUCAACUGAAGGUACAUCAGUAAGUUCACAUUGGGCAAGGUCAUUCACCUGUUCUGUGUGUAAAAAAAAUAUUUAGUCUGUCAUCCCACCUGUGGACCCACCAGUCAGAAGCUGGUCAUCUGCUAAAUUUCUGGGGAAGGAUUCACUCGGUCAUCUGACCUAAUGGCUCACCAGUCAGUUCACACAAGGGAGAAGCCAUUCACCUGCUCAGACUGCGGUAAGGGAUUUACUCGGUCAUCUGACCUAAAGGUACAUCAGCGAGUUCACACUGGGGAGAAGCCAUUCACCUGCUCAGUCUGUGGGAAGGGAUUCACUCGGUCAUCCUACCUGCAGAAUCAUAAGCAAGUUGACACUGGGGAGAAGCCAUUCAUCUGCCUAGAAUGCGGGAAGAAAUUCACUUCGUCAUCCAGCCUGCGGAGUCAUCAGCGAGUUCACACUGGGGAGAAGCCAUUCAUCUGCUUAGAAUGUGGGAAGAAAUUCAUUUCGUCAUCCAGCCUGCUGAGUCAUCAGCGAGUUCACACUGGAGAGAAACCGUUCACCUGCUCAGAAUGUGGGAAGGGAUUCACUCAUUCAUCCAGCCUACAGAGACACCAGCAAUCUCACACUGGAGAGAAGUUGUUCACCUGCUCAGUCUGUGGGAAGGAAUUCACUCAGUUAUCCAACCUGCAGAGUCAUCAGCGAGUUCACACUGGAGAGAAGCCAUUCACCUGCUCAGAAUGCGGGAAGGGAUUCACUUUCUCAUCGACACUUAAGGUACACCAGCGAGUUCACACCAGGGAGAAACCGUUCACCUGCUCAGACUGUGGGAAGAGAUUCACUUUCUCAUCUAACCUGAAGGUACAUCAGGUGGUUCACACUGGGGAGUGGCCGUUCACCUGUUCAGUCUGUGGGAAGGGAUUCAUUAACUCAACUGAACUGAUAGUUCAUCAGCGAGUUCACACUGGAGAGAGGCCAUUCACCUGCUCAGACUGUGGGAAGGGAUUCAUUAAGUCAGCUGAACUGAAGGUUCAUCAGCGAGUUCACACUGGGGAGAGGCCGUUUACCUGCUCAGACUGUGGGAAGGGAUUCACUUCCUCAUCUAACCUGAUGACACACCAGCGAGUUCACACCGGGGAGCGGCCGUUCACUUGCUCGAACUGUGGGAUGAGAUUCGCACGGUUAUUCACCCUACAGUGUCACCAGCGAGUUCACACUGGGGAGAAGCCAUUCACCUGCUCAGACUGUGGGAAGAGAUUCACUCAGUCAUCUGACCUAAAGGCUCACCAGCGAUUUCACACCAAGGAGUGUCCAUUCACCUGCUCGGACUGUGGGAAGGGAUUCACUUUGGAAUCGACUCUAGUGAAACACCAGCGAGUUCACACUGGGAAGAAGCCGUUCACUUGCUCAGUCUGUGGGAAGGGAUUCGCUCAGUCAAGUAACCUGCGGAGUCAUCAGCAACUUCACACUGGGGAGAAGCCGUUCACUUGCUCAGAAUGUGGUAAGGGAUUCACUAUGUCAUCUCACCUACUGAUACACCAGCGAGUUCACACUGGGGAGAAGCCGUUCACCUGCUCAGAAUGUGGGAAGGGAUUCACUUGCUCAUCCCAACUGAAGGUACAUCAGCGAGUUCACACUGGAGAGAAGCCAUUCACCUGCUCAGAAUGUGGGAAGGGAUUCAGUCGGUCAUCCAGCCUACAGAGUCAUCAGCGAGUUCACACUGGGGAGAAGCCAUUCACCUGCUCAGAAUGUGGGAAGAGAUUCACUCGGUCAUCCCACCUACUGAAACAUCAGCGAGUUCACACUAGGGAGAAGCCGUUCACCUGCUCAGACUGUGGGCAGGGAUUCACACUGUCAUCCCACCUACUGAGACAUCAGCGAGUUCACACUGGGGAGAAGUCGUUCACCUGCUUAGACUGCGGGAAGGGUUUCACUCGGAUAUCCAACCUGCAGAGUCAUCAGCGAGUUCACACUGGGGUGAAGCCAUUCACCUGCUCAGAAUGCGGGAAGGCAUUCACUCGGUCAUCGCACCUACUGAGACAUCAGCGAGUUCACACUAGGGAGAAGCCAUUCAUCUGCUCAGAAUGAGGGAAGAGAU